UGUCAGCAGGAACCGGUGUUCGCUGCUCAGUGUUGUCGGCCGGCGUCUAGGCGACGAGGGUGCUGGUCUCUUCCUCUGGCUGCGGCCGCUGUGGAGCUCAGCCCGACCAGUCUGGUUGAGGUGCAGGGUCGCCUGGACUGGGUCUAUGGUCGCUCCGUGGGCCGCUCUGCCGGCUGGUGCUUUUGUAGUAGGGCAAGCAGAAGUCCAUGGCAGGGAACUUCUGGCAGAGCUCCCACUAUUUGCAGUGGAUUUUGGAUAAACAAGAUCUGUUGAAAGAGCGCCAGAAGGACUUAAAGUUUCUCUCAGAAGAAGAGUAUUGGAAGUUACAAAUAUUUUUUACAAAUGUUAUCCAAGCUUUAGGUGAACAUCUUAAAUUAAGACAACAGGUCAUUGCUACUGCUACAGUCUAUUUCAAGAGAUUCUAUGCCAGGUAUUCCCUGAAAAGUAUAGAUCCUGUAUUAAUGGCUCCUACGUGUGUGUUUCUGGCAUCCAAAGUAGAGGAAUUUGGUGUAGUCUCAAAUACAAGAUUGAUCGCUGCUACUACUUCUGUAUUAAAAACUAGAUUUUCAUAUGCCUUUCCAAAGGAAUUUCCUUACAGGAUGAAUCAUAUACUAGAAUGUGAAUUUUACCUUUUAGAAUUAAUGGAUUGUUGCUUGAUAGUGUAUCAUCCUUAUAGACCUUUGCUCCAGUAUGUGCAGGACAUGGGCCAAGAAGACGUGUUGCUUCCCCUUGCAUGGAGGAUAGUGAAUGAUACCUACAGGACGGAUCUUUGUCUGCUGUAUCCUCCUUUCAUGAUAGCUUUAGCUUGCCUACAUGUAGCCUGUGUUGUACAGCAGAAAGAUGCUAGGCAGUGGUUUGCGGAACUCUCUGUGGAUAUGGAGAAGAUUUUGGAAAUAAUCAGGGUUAUUUUAAAACUAUAUGAGCAGUGGAAGAAUUUUGAUGAGAGAAAAGAGAUGGCGACUAUUCUUAGUAAGAUGCCAAAACCAAAACCACCUCCAAACAGAAGUUCCCUGAGUGAUUCUCCACUAAUGGCAGGGCCUGAAGCUGCAAGAUGAUGGUGGACAAGAUAAGGCAAUCUCCUAUUGUCACAGUUCCUGCGAAGGAGAGCAGGGUCCAAAUGGAAGUCAGAACUCUAGCUACAGCCAAUCUUAGAACACCCGGAGGAAUCCUGUAGUGGACCACUUGGAAGUAAAGCAUGCAACAGUUUGAGUAAGGUCUUCACUGGAAAUCAGAUGCAAGCUAUUGGGAAUUCACUUAAUUUUCACAAAAUAAGUUUUUCUUACUUAAUUUGAUUCUAGUGUAUAAUUUAUUAAAUCUUAAUUACAAAAUUUUGUAAAGCUCUAAGGGGACCUAUUUAUACAUACACAGACAUUUCAAAGUUAACUUGUCUCACACAAAUAUAAUAGCUUUUUCUUUUAAUUAAGGCAGGAAACCUAACAUGAAAUGUCAUUUGUUUAAAUUUUUCUUUAGACAUCGAGGGACCAAAAAAAAAAAAAAAGGACUUGUAAACUCAAUAAGAACUCCCUACCCUCCCCAGUUAAAUUUUAAAACGUUUUUUGUUUGGUUGGGUUUUUUUUGAGACAGGGUUUCUCUGUAGCUUUGGAGCCUGUCCUGGAACUAAGUAGACCAGGCUGACCUUGAACUCAGGGAGAUCCACCAGUCCACGUCUCUGUCUCUGCCUCCCUAGUGCUGGGAUUAAAGGCAUGCACCACUACUGCCCAGCAAAUUUUAAAGGUUUUUUUAAGAAAUUAAAUCUUAGGAAAACCUGGGAUGUUUUGAGAAUUAUAUUUAUAAUUUGGGGGAGAUUAAUCGAGAACUUAACUGAUUUUUAAGAUGUAUUUUAUUCAGUACUUUUUAUAUCAUCACAGAAGAUACUAGCCCAGCCUGUUAGAAAAGUGCAAUAUGUAUGGUCUACUUUGACAUUUUGAAGGUUAUAUUGACUUAUUAGCUGUUUUGAAAUGCUUGGAAACCUGAAAGAAAAUUAUUUGCAAUUAAUUCACAGUUAAUAAACAUUUUAAAAGUUUAA